AUGCAGACUAUAGUCAACGAUAUUUCCACAUACAAAGUUUUAAAACGUGAUCCUACUAAUAGACUACAGGACAAGAACAACGAACUAGUUGAGAAAUUGUUCAGUAAUAAAAUUAUUGAUGUAAAAGAAAAGAAUGCGCUUUUGUGUAAAACAGCCAAUCCACCACGAAUCUAUGGCUUACCAAAGAUUCACAAAGAAGAAAAUCCACUCACACCUAUUUGUUCGUCCGUCAAUUCCCCGUCUUACAAUUUAUGUAAAUAUGUCGUCAAAAUCCUGAAAAAGGUAACCAUGUCCUCCGUAUAUAAUGUCCAAGACGCGAUCGAAUUCAAGAACAAGAUCAAGGAUACAUAUGUUUAUGAUGAUGAGAGUCUAGUGUCGUUCGAUGUUGUGUCAUUGUUUCCGAGUAUUUUAGUGGAUUUGGCCCUUGAAAUCAUAGCUUCAAAGUGGGAAGAUAUGAAAGAGUACACAUAUAUGUCUAAAGAACUUUUUUUGACUGUGGUAAAAUUCUGCAUAAAAGAAAACCGCUAUUUUAAAUAUAAUAAUAAAAUAUAUGAGCAGCGUUCAGGUAUGCCCAUGGGAUCUCCAUCAUCACCAGUUAUAGCGGACAUCAUUAUGGAAGAGUUACUCAAAAAAUUCGAACAGGAGUCGGUCAAUAAGCCACGACUUCUUACUAAGUACGUUGACGAUUUAUUCGCUAUAGUUAAAACCGAGGACACAAACGACAUGCUUACAAUAUUAAACGGUCUCAGCAAAUCAAUAAAAUUCACAAUAGAAGUAGAAAAAGAAGGAAAACUACCUUUUCUGGACACCCUAGUGAUAAGGAGAAACAACGAAAUUACUAUAGACUGGUACAAAAAACCGACGGCUUCGGGCAGACUUGUAAAUUUCAACUCUAAGCAGGAAAGAAGAAUAAUUGUAAACAUUGCCAACAAUUUCGUGAGACGAGUUCUCUCUAUCAGCGACAGAAUAUAUCACAACAAAAAUAUUUUCAAUAUUAAGAAAACUCUGGAGGACAAUGAUUUUCCGGGGAAAUUAAUUAAAAACCUAAUUCAAAACUACUAUGUUCGUCCGAACGAAGAAAAGAAAAAUGAUGAUUCAAAUAAGAAAAUUUAUAAAACAGCAACUUAUGUAUGUCCCAGGGUUAUCAGAGAGAAUCAAAUGUUCCAAUCUAUAUGA